AUGGAAGGUGUUCACAAAUCAGUGGAACGUCAUGUCGGUAAUUAUCCGGGCAGCCCUGCCGAUACGAUCUUCCUUCCAAACCGCCGUGUGACUAACUCGCGAGGAAUGCGAUGCGCAAGCGCCGGCGCGGUAGCCGGGGCGAGAGAACCUGCUUCGUGUUCUAUCAGAGAACAUGAGAAGGAGAAUUUCUCCCAAGCGAUAUUAAAUUCUCACUCCUAA